AUGUUGAGCAAAAAACAAUUGAAGCCAUCUAUAACGGUUUGUGGUUUUGAAGCUGAAAUUGACGGAAAGAAAAAAGUUAAAGGAAUAGUCAAAGAAGCAAAGCAAGCUGCAAAGGAGUAUGACGAAGCAAUUCAGCAAGGUCAUGGGGCUUAUCUACUUGAAGAAGAACUCCAAGAUAUUUUCCAAUGCUCUAUUGGUAAUAUUACAGCCGGUCAAACUAUUGCUAUCAGAAUUACAUAUGUAACCGAGCUAAAACAUGAUACUGAAUCUGAAAAUCUUGUUCCUGAUGUAGUGUCCUAUACUUAUAAGACUGAUUACUAUUUAAAGCUUGCUAUUACAUGUGGAAUGACUUCUGUUAUUCAAAGUAUCGAAUCACCAUUUCAUCAUAUUUCGGUAGAAUUAAAUAUUGAUAGUAAUCCAAAUGUUUCAAAGGUUACUCUAGCCGAACAAAUUACUUAUUUAGAAAAGGAUUUUAUACUUGUUGUUAAAAGUUUAGGUCUCGAUCAGCCAAGAUAA